CGGGAACAUCGUGACCUUUGCACAGUUCUUAUUUAUAGCAGUGGAAGGCUUUAUCUUUGAAACCAACUUUGGAAGGAAGCGGCCAGCCAUCCCAAUAAGGGAACAGUCCUGCCUUGGCAGCAGUGUGGCCUAGAAAACCUGAUGGGUUUUUCCACCUCUGAUCCCUGUGACCUGAUGGCCUGUGUGAAAUGACCAUUCGCAGUUGGUCCCAUUGUUGGCAGCCUCCUUCUGGAGACUGAAUUCCCCACCCACCCUGGAGCAGAUGUGGGAGCACUGUUGCAUAUACUACCUGAUCAUGGUGGCCAUGUUCUUCACAGUCAGCGUGGUGAAUAACUAUGCCCUGAAUCUAAACAUAGCCAUGCCGCUGCACAUGAUCUUCAGAUCAGGCUCUCUGAUAGCAAGCAUGGUUCUAGGUAUCAUCAUUUUGAAAAAAAGAUACAGUGUGUCUAAAUACACAUCCAUAGCCCUGGUGUCUGUGGGGAUCUUUAUCUGCACUUUAAUGUCUGCAAAACAAGUGACUUCUAAAUCCAGCUUAAGCGAAGAGGACGGACUCCACGUCUUCAUGUGGUGGCUGUUAGGUAUCGCAGCACUGACCUUCGCCCUCCUUAUGUCAGCCAGAAUGGGGAUCUUUCAAGAGACCAUCUACAAACAAUUUGGAAAGCAUUCCAAGGAGGCACUGUUUUACAAUCAUGCCCUGCCCCUCCCUGGCUUCUUCCUCCUCGCUCCGAACAUCUACGCCCAUGCUGUUCUCUUCAGCCAGUCUGAGCCAUUCCAAGUUCCGGGGAUCGGGCUGACAUUGCCCAUCAUGUGGUUCUACCUCGUCAUGAACGUCAUCACUCAAUAUGUGUGCAUUCGGGGAGUCUUCAUCCUCACCACGGAGUGCACCUCCCUGACCGUCACCCUGGUGGUGACGCUGCGCAAGUUUGUCAGCCUCAUCUUCUCCAUCCUGUACUUCAAGAACCCCUUCACCGCCUGGCACUGGCUGGGCACCCUCUUUGUCUUCAUGGGCACGCUGAUGUACACCGAGGUGUGGAACAGCCUGGGGCCUCUGCUGGCCAGACACAGGAAGGAGGCCAAGAAGGAGUAAAGGACUGUCUCAGCAAAGACCUUUUUUCAUGGUUUUACAGGGCAGA